AGCUCCCACACUGCGACAAGGAUUUCCUGGACGCUGGAGUGAGGCUGACGAUGGACGAAGACUGCCUGAACGGACCGCAGAGGCUAGUCGCCGAUGGACUGAUGACCCAGAAGGAAUGUGAAGUGCUGAUAAAAUUUGGCGCGGCCGGAUUUCAUGGCAACGGUCAUUACGAUAAUCCCCACCCGAUGACUAAUAAGGAACUUUUUGCUGGCUUUCGCACGAUGGACCUCACGGGGAAAUUGAAAAGCUCUAGUGAGAUCGCCACCGCCAUGAAAGUCAUGCUGGCAGCAUCGGACAGGGCUCGGCUCUACAGCGAAGCCUACUUCCGGCUGAAAAGAAGGCUCUACAUGCACCUCGUUCAGACGAAUUGCAGGACUGCAGAGCAAGAUUCGACCACCAACAGGACCGAUAUGAGUCACCCGAUCCACGCGGACAACUGUCAGUACCAGGAAAACGCCAGCUGCCCAGCGCUGAACUGGCAGUUCAGCUGGCGCGACUUCAGUGCUGCCGUCUACCUCAACGACGAUGCGCAUGGCGGAGAGAUUGUGUUUGCCACGACACCCCGCACGAGCAUACGGUCCAUCGUCCGGCCAAAGUGCGGACGACUGGUAUCCUUCAACAGCAGAAACCCGCACGGCGUCCUCCCCGUGUUCUCCGGCCGGCGGUGUGCCCUACUUGUGUGGAUGACGCACACCAGGGAGCAGCAGGAAGCAAUCAGGAUCGAAACUGAAAACAUACUGGGCUACAGUGUGGCUAACAGCAGCCACCGAUACGCCUAAGCGCUUGUAAUAUUGCUGCUUCCUGGAACACGGCUGUGCACGAGAGCACUGUAUUGCAACUUUCUUGGCGUCAUCUACGCUGAACACUGUCUGCAAGUUUGAAUCUUACUUCACUAAAUUUUGUUAUACGUAUUUUUCAGUCAUUCUGGCAUAUAUCUCACGUUUUGGUAUUUGCAGCUGCAUCUUGGAAGCAAUAAAGCGUAUACAUGCUCAACCAUCUCAGGUCCUUUCAAUGGGCUGAGACGGUUGUUCUCACUAUUCUCAGUGUAUAAUUGUACCUUAGAGCAGAGAGGCCAAAAUGGCUGCACACAAAUAAAAUCUGAGCUCUCGGUGUAC